AAGUCUGGCAGACACUCUCUCGCUCGCUCUUCAACCCUCACAGGAGCAGCAGGAAGAGAGCAAAAUGUUGGCAAGCACGAGCACCCUCUGCAACAGGGCCUACUACACUCACCCUUCUCAGUUCUCACACUCCAAACCUUUUCUCUCUCCACAUCGUUCCCACUUUCGAAAAAAAUCCAAGUCCCGCUCCUUAUCUCUGAUUUCACUCAGAAAGCAGAGCAAGGGCUCUCUUUGUAUCAGAGCCUUGGCAGAACCCCAAGCUUCGGAGUCGGUCCCGAGCGAUGGUCCGCUGUGUUUCUCCGAGCCAUGCUCUGUCAAAAUCCCGGUCGGUGAUAGACAUAUUUUGGUUGAGACAGGCCGUAUAGGGAGACAAACUAGUGGUGCUGUUACAGUAACAGAUGGGGAAACUAUUGUGUACACAUCUGUUUGUUUGGCUGAUGUUCCAAGCGAGCCUUCAGAUUUUUUUCCUUUAUUUGUCAAUUAUCAAGAGCGUUUCUCAGCAGCAGGUCGGACUAGUGGUGGGUUUUUCAAACGAGAAGGGAGGACAAAAGAUCAUGAGGUUCUUAUUUGUAGAUUGAUUGAUAGGCCUUUGCGUCCAACAAUGCUUAAGGGCUUCUACCAUGAAACACAAAUACUAUCUUGGGUUUUGAGUUAUGAUGGUUUGCACUCGCCUGAUGCUUUGGCAGUCACAGCAGCUGGAAUAGCAAUAGCUCUUUCAGAAGUGCCCAAUUCAAAAGCAGUUGCAGGAGUUCGAAUUGGUCUUGUAGGCGAUAAAUAUAUUGUGAAUCCAACAAUGAAGGAGAUGGAAGAAUCUGAGUUGGACUUGUUGCUAGCUGGUACAGAUAGUGCAAUAUUGAUGAUAGAGGGUUACGGUAAUUUUCUCCAGGAAGAAAAGUUGCUGCGAGCUGUAGAAGUUGGGCAGGAUGCAGUACGAGUAAUUUGCAACGAGGUGGAGGCUUUGGUUAAGAAGUGUGGGAAACCGAAAAUGCUUGACGCAAUCAAAUUACCUCCUCCUGAGCUAUAUAAGCAUGUUGAAGAAAUUGCUGGAGAAGAGUUGGGGAAAGCCCUGCAAAUCAGGAAUAAAGUACCUAGAAGAAAAGCUCUCUCUAUGUUGGAAGAAAAGGUUCUUACUAUACUUACAGAAGAGGGGUAUGUCGAAAUCGAUGCAUCUUCUGGAGCUGCUGAAACAGUACCAGAAUUGUUUGAGGAUGAAGAUGAGGAUGAGGAAGUGGUUGUGGAUGGUGAAGUAGAUGAAGGUGAUGUUCAUAUAAAGCCAACUUUACGAAAAUCCACACCCUUGCUUUUUUCUGAAGUAGACGUGAAGCUGGUUUUUAAAGAAGUUACAUCGAAAUUUUUGCGAAAGCGCAUUGUGGAGGGUGGAAGAAGAAGUGAUGGACGAACCCCUGUUGAAAUACGUUCAAUUAAUUCAACUUGUGGAUUACUUCCAAGGGCACAUGGAAGUUCUCUUUUCACCCGAGGGGAAACUCAGGCGUUGGCAGUGACUACACUUGGUGAUAGACAGAUGGCACAAAGAAUAGACAACCUUGAGGGUGCGGAUGAACUGAAGAGGUUUUAUCUCCAGUACUCAUUUCCUCCGUCAUGUGUUGGAGAAGUUGGGCGAAUUGGGGCACCUAGUAGAAGAGAAAUUGGUCAUGGAAUGCUUGCCGAGAGAGCUCUUGAACCAAUCCUGCCUUCUGAUGAUGAUUUUCCUUACACCAUACGUGUUGAGAGUACCAUCACUGAAAGCAAUGGCUCCUCAAGCAUGGCAUCUGUUUGUGGAGGUUGCUUGGCAUUGCAAGAUGCUGGGGUUCCAAUUAAGUGCUCUAUUGCUGGGAUAGCAAUGGGUAUGGUUCUGGACACUCAGGAAUUUGGGGGAGAUGGAACUCCACUUAUUCUAUCUGACAUAACCGGAUCAGAAGAUGCCUCUGGAGAUAUGGAUUUUAAGGUUGCUGGAAAUGAAGAAGGAAUAACUGCCUUUCAAAUGGACAUAAAAGUGGGAGGAAUUACUAUACCCAUUAUGAGACAGGCACUAUUCCAAGCAAGAGAUGGCCGAAAGCAUAUUCUUGCUGAAAUGUUGAAAUGCUCACCUGCUCCCUCAAAAAGCCUUUCUAAGUACGCUCCAUUAAUUCACAUUAUGAAGGUCAAACCUGAGAAAGUAAACAUUAUCAUCGGUUCUGGUGGGAAGAAGGUCAAGAGUAUUAUUGAAGAAACUGGGGUAGACGCAAUUGACACUCAAGAUGAUGGAAUAGUGAAAAUUACUGCAAAGGAUCUAUCGAGUUUGGAGAAGUCAAAAGCUAUUAUUAGUAGUCUGACAAUGGUUCCAACUGUUGGUGAUGUCUAUAGGAACUGUGAAAUCAAAUCAAUAGCUCCUUACGGAGCUUUUGUUGAGAUAGCACCUGGACGGGAGGGACUUUGCCAUAUUAGUGAAUUGAGUUCAAAUUGGCUGGCAAAGACAGAAGAUGCGUUUAAAGUUGGAGACCACGUUGAUGUUAAACUUAUUGAGGUAAACGAUAAGGGACAACUUCGCCUUAGCCGCCGAGCACUACUUCCUGAUGCAGAUCCUGAGAAUCCCAGUGCAAAGCAAAAAACACCUGAAGAAGGCUCAGGUAAGAAAGUUGUGAAUGCUCCAAAGGACGGUUUGGCUGAAAAGAACAAUGAAGAGCCCAAGGACAAAAGUAGCACUACUAAACUUGCGAGCUCUACUAGAAGUACUGCAGCAGAGGAUGCUCAACUCCCUCAAAAGAAGUUCAUCCGGAGAUUGGUUGGCGCAGCCAAAGAUAGGUCCACUACUAUUAAAGACACUUCAAAGAAGAGCAGUAGUAAAGAAGUCAGUAGUGUCUCCAGCAAGGAUGAAACUAGUUUAGUGAACGGAGAGGCUAAAAUUGGGUAGUAAGUGGAUAUUCCUUUCCUGGUGUUACACAGUGUUUGUUGGCACCAUUCCCAUGAUGUGAAUGACAGUGCAAGGCCCUCCAUUCUGCAACAAGGGAGACUUCAUAACAAUAUUUUUCCAGCAGGGAGCAUAAAUUGUAAUGUAUUCGUCAAAUAUUAACGUGGCAGAAGGAACCUUAUCAGCCAUGGCUCUCUCAUCAUGUCCUUUUCAAAGGCUGAAAGGGCUAGGGGAGAUUCAUUGAAGCAAUAGACUAAACCAGAAUUCCCAUUUUUGAUGUUGGGUAAAGUGUCCUGGUAAGAAUGCUUUGGAGUUAUGGUACUUCAUCACCUCUGCUACAACAUUGCUUUUGAAGCUUUCAGAGAAGGAUGUCAUAAUGCUACUUUCUAUUCAACUCUUCUCAGGUUUUUAUUUUUAAUUUUAUUUUUGGCUAGUAUGUGAAGAUACAGCUCCUGUCGAUGUUGAUACAAUACUUCUUUCUGUUGGCUUGUUCCAAGCGCGAGAAAACUGUGUUGUAAAUCAUCAUACUUAGGCUUGUCUUUUUCAUUCAACGAUUUA